CUGAACACAAAUAGUGGCAUGCGUCGGUCAUAACCUCCGCUUAAAUAGUCUUCUUCACCGUCUUCCCGCAAUCGGAUAAACAAACCCGAAACCCUAUAGUCCGCUCUCUCUCUACCUGUCUGUCUACCCAUGGCGAAGAAGGAGCAGUUGAAGAAGCGAAACCCUGCCAACAAAUCAGACGCAUCCAAAACUCAUAGCAAGAAACUCAAGAAGAACAACAACAAUUCGAACUCCAACGUUGCCCCACACGAAUCCGAUUCCGAAUCGUCGCUUGAGGAGAUCCAGGCCCUCCUUGAACCCUUCUCCAAAGACCAGCUUAUCGCCCUCGCCGCCGAUGCCGCUCUCCACCAUCCCUCCCUCUUCUCCUCCAUCCGCUCCCUCGCAGAUUCUGAUAUCUCUCACCGGAAAAUCUUUGUUUACGGCCUCUGCUACGACUCCACCCGCGAGGCCCUCCUCUCCGUCUUCCAAACUUACGGAGAAGUCGAAGACUGCAACGUUGUCACCGAUCGCGUCACCGGGAAGUGUAAAGGUUAUGCCUUCAUCGUGUACAAGACACGAAAAGCUGCCAUCAAAGCCCUAAAGGAACCCAAGAAGAGAAUUGGGAAUCGGUUUGCCUCGUGCCAGCUGGCAGCUUCCGGACCCGCUGCCCCUGGAUCCAGUUCGGCUCAGCAGGACUUGAGUGGUCGGAAGAUCUACGUGAGCAACGUGGCGCUAGAAACGGAUGCGCAGAAGUUGAGGGAUUUCUUCGGGAAAUUUGGGGAGAUCGAGAGCGGCCCAUUUGGGAUGGACCCGAACACAGGGAAGUGGAAAGGAUACGCUUUGUUUGUGUACAGAACCACAGAGGAAGCCAAAAAGUGUCUAGAAGAGCCCUACAAGAUAUUUGAAGGGCGCCAGUUGCAUUGCGAGAAGGCUGCAGAAGGAAAAAGUGGUGGAAAAUCUUUGGGAGGGGCGGCGGGAAUCACUACAGCUGUGGUGCAGCAUCCGUUUCAACCAUUGCAAGCAGGGCCUGAUGUGUUGACUGCCAUGGCUGUGUUGAGUCAAAGCCAGAAUGCAGCUCUGCUGAAUCCAUUGUAUAGUCGGCUGCUUGGCAAUUCCAACUUAGGGAUGUUGGGGAUGGGUGGAUUGGGCCAAAGUGUGGCAGGUUCAAGCCAAGCAGGCCAACCUGGUAUGGCAGGUGCUAGUUAUGGUACAGCAAUGGGGGGUUUUGGCGGGGCUAACUUAGGGAUGCUUGGAGCCUAUGGGAUGUCAGGUGCGGGAAUGCCAUUAGGGUUAACACAUGCUUAUCCUAAUGUGCAAGAAGAAAAGUUUUCUGCACCUGCUAAGGUUCCACGGGGCAGUGGAUUCUCUUCUCAUUACAUUGAUCAACUUUAACUGGGAAACAACAUUUAAUGGCCUUUUGAUCGAACAGUUUUUGGUCAGUGCCUUCGGUUGCAACAAUUGAAUUCGAAAGCUAUAUUCCCCUCAUAGUUAUUAUGAUUUGAUCAUACUUCGUGUUUUAAGCUUGAUAUGAACUUCACAGAUGUUUUUAAGUUCCUUUAUGGCUUUAUGCAUUGUGUCAUGUAGACAUACUUUUUUCUUUUCGUUUGUUUCCAGCUAUUUUAUCUUUAUUUUAACGUUUUUAUGUUCUCAUUAUGGGUUGCCACCGUUUCUCUGAGUUUCUGAUUUUGUUACUCUGAACUUUAUUUCUUUCUCUGUUUCUUCUUUUCUAUAUAUUCAUUAGCGCCGAAUGAUUCUAUUACUUUCUAUUUCCUUCUCUUCUGUUAUUUUUUUGUUGUGAGCAUAAAGGUGUACUUUGUCCCUGGUAAUGUUUUUAAUUCGACUAUUUUCAGUACCAAGCCAUACUUUUACCGGACUAAAUUAUACUAAUUCAGUCAAACUAAAAGAUAUUCUAAUUCCGGUUGAAAGGUUCCCAUGGUAAAAUGGUACAGUUAUUUAGACCAUAAUUAAAUAAGGCAAUUUGAGUAUAUUUUAAGAAAUAAUUUUAAUAGGUAUACUAUGUACUCCGUAUAACAUAAUGGGGUUAAUGAUGAUAACUGUGAAUCUUUGAUGUUAUAAAUGUAUUAUUUUUAACAUUUAAUGAUUAAUUUGUCAUUCAAGAAUUUUAAUUCUUUUCUAAAAUGGAAUGGGGACCUUUAUAUGAGACGUCCAAAAACGGAAAGUGUGAACCUUGAUGGAAGGAGUAUCAUUUUACUACAAUUAUGUGAUUUAAAAUAAUUCUUUUCUUAGUUUCUCAUUUUGUGAUGAAUUUGAUUUUUAAGCUUUAAUUUUUUUUUAUAAAAUAUUUACUAAAAUAGAAAUUUAAUUAUUAAUACUAAUAUAAAUAUUUGUUGAGUAUAAUAUAUCAUCAAUCAAUACCUUGUAAACAUAAUUGGCAAACCAAUUUUGGAUAGAGGUAGUAAUAAUUAUAAUACCAGAAUGGGUCACCAAUUUGCCGGUGGACGCUGCUUAGAGGGUGUCUUGGAUUGGAAUCCAUUCAACUCCAAUGAGAGAUUCCUAAGCAAAAGUGCUGUAAGGCCUCUCUCUAUAAGUACUUGGAUUUAAAUCUCAUCACUAUGUAACUGUCUGUAAUCAACCACAUCCUGCCGGCUAAUUGUCCAGAGGAUUGAAUGAAAGUGUCAUUUUUUUAUAAUAACAUAAUAGAUUUAAAAAUGUGAAUAAUGCUUAUUAACUUUUUGCCACGGCUUCCAAUAUACUACGUAUAUGCUUUGGUCUAUUUUGCAACCAAUACAUAAUAAUUUGUCAAAGACCUUCCGUUCUGGUGCAUAAAUAGUUUAUUUCAUUACCUUAGGUUCUUAGCUGCAGUUUACCUUUUCCAUACGAUUUGGUAACCAAGUGUUGUGCUUCAGCUGGUCGUUUUGUUUUGGCCUUUGGCACUUCAGCCUGUCAUUUAUGGCUUUUGUUUCUCUUGUCGCAUUUGCCGGUUUUUCGGUUUUUGUAGGGGGCAACUCGACUAUAUAUUUGUUUGAAGCAAACCUUGAAAUAUCUUUUUAGACUUGGAUUUCUUUCUUAUGAUUUUAUUUUAGAACUUCCCAUGUUUCUGUGUGUUUUCCUCAGUUUGAUGUGUAUUUUAUUUGCAUUUUGACGGGGAUAUGGUGUAUGAUGAUGGUGCAAGAACAAUCAGCGAUGCCGGAGUAGUGAGACAGAGGAAUCAUUGUACAUUUUGGGUGUUGGGCUGGCUAUACCGCUAUAGUUUCAUUAUUAGUAUUGUUGGAUUAGUUUAAAGUUUUGAACCUUUUGUAUUCCAUAAUUUAGAAUACAUGAGAAUGUCAUCUGAUGAGAAUCAAUUCAAUUUGGUGUGUGUUCAAUUUGGUGUAAGUUGUAUUGAACACUAAUGAGGUUACUAGUUGUUUCAAAAGGUUGUAUCUCCAAUUCAAGGGCCAAUAACGGACGUGGGAUUUCCA